AUGCAUUGCGCGGAUUCAAUAGCUCACUCGCUCUCCGAAGUGAAGCUUCUUCUUAACCAGUGCGAGAACCGGGGUACACCCGACAACGACAGCUCCCGCACCGCCGACGACUUACGCAAUCUCAACAGCAGCAUGGGCGAUGCUGUCGACACGAUCAUGGCAUGCACUAUGCAUCAGAAACGCAUCAUAGACGAUAUUCUUUCGCUCUCCAAACUGGACUCGAAUUUGCUUGAGAUCUGUCCAACGGUGUUCCAAGUCAAGAGCUUCUUGGGUCAGGUCGAGAAUACUUUCAAGACCGAGGCUGAGCAAGCUGGUGUCCAGCUUGUAGCUGUAGCCGAUCCUUCAUUGACCGAACUCGGCGUUGACUGGAUCGAUGCUGAUCCGGGUAGAGUGACACAGGUGUUAUUCAACAUGGUCGCCAAUGCGAUCAAAUUCACCAAAGAUAGAUCCGACGAAAGAGCUGUUACCGUUCGUAUUGGAGUAGCGUCAUGGCCACCUACUGCUAUCUUCGACGGUCUCGUCAAAGCAGUGCAAAAGACUGGAUCAAUAGACCAAUCCGAACAAGAGGAAGGGUCCAUUUUUUUGUGGUUCAAAGUGGAAGACACAGGGUGCGGAAUGGAUGAAGCGACCAAAGCGCGCGUCUUCAGCCAGUUCACUCAGACUAUGCCAAAGACAUACAGUAAAUACGGUGGUUCCGGACUGGGUUUAUCCAUCAGCAAGAAACUGGUGGCCUUGAUGGGUGGCGAGAUUGGCUUCCAGUCUCAGCAACAUAUCGGAUCUACGUUUGCUUUCUACACUAAAGCAUCGAGGGCUCUACCACCAAGGCCGUCUCUAUCUACCAGGAGCUCUGAAAAGUCGAUCACAUCCGAAGGAUCGACCUCGUUGCUGCCUCACGCUAUGGGCACCGCUGCGGAUGCACCGCCAACAGUCCAGUCUAGCAUCCUGCUUGUGGAGGACAACAUGGUCAACCAACGGGUGCUCAAGAAACAACUACAACUCCAGGGGUAUAUCGUUUACACAGCCGAUAACGGGCAGGAAGCUUUCGACUUCAUUCAGACCACGCAACACUGGAAAGGCUCGACUUCAUCGCAACCACGUGUCAACGAGCCACGUAUCGACGUCAUCCUCAUGGACAUUGAAAUGCCCAUUGUCAAUGGGCUUGAGUGCGCAAGUAUGAUUCGCGCCGCGCAGGAAGACGGGUCAAUCGAUAAGCACCUUCAUAUCAUCGCUGUCACCGCGAAUGCAAGACCCGAGCAACUGAAGCGCGCGAGAGAGACUGGAAUGGAUGACGCGGUUCCGAAGCCGUUCCGAGUGAGAGAACUGGCAGCUGUUAUCGAGCGAUUGAGAGAUGAGUGA